CCCCGGAAGCCGGAAGCGCCGGUCGCUCCGGGGUCGCUGGCCCGAAGACCAUGAACGCGGCGGGUGGCGUUCGCCGCCGCGCGCGACUGUCACGCCUCGUGUCCUUCAGUGCGAGCCACCGGCUGCACAGCCCCUCUCUGAGCGAUGAAGAGAACUUGACAGUGUUUGGGAAAUGCAACAAUCCCAAUGGCCAUGGACACAACUAUAAAGGUGAGGGAAGAACACUGUCAAUUGAUCCUGUUACAGGAAUGGUUAUGAAUUUGACUGACCUCAAAGAAUACAUGGAGGAGGCCAUCAUGAAGCCCCUGGAUCACAGGAACCUGGAUCUGGACGUGCCGUACUUUGCAGAUGUUGUAAGCACAACAGAAAAUGUAGCUGUCUACAUCUGGGAAAACCUCCAGAAACUUCUUCCUGCAGGAGCUCUUUAUAAAGUAAAAGUAUAUGAAACUGACAACAACAUUGUCGUGUAUAAAGGAGACUAGAUCUUAGGGUUAAAUUAUAGGAAGGCUGAUUGCUUUUCAUAAUUGAAAAAGCCCUUUGUCCUUAGAAUAUCCAGCAGUCACCACAUACUUGUGUUCCCAUGUUGUAUUCUAGAAUGCUGAGCAUUAAAGUAACUGUAAGAUCCAUAUUUAAGUGUAUUUAAAAAUCAGACUUUCAGUAUGUCCUGAAUAUGUAUUUGGUGAGGGAGCAGGGGAGAGCUGAGGACCCCUCCACCCACGGCAUCACACAUGCCAAGCAUGUUGAGCUGCAUUCCAGUCCUCUCAUUGCCAUUUAGAGUAUCUUCUGUCUAGAGAUUAAAAAUUAUUUCAUACUCAGCAAAAUGUUUUGGUGUGGAAUUAUUUAAAAGCAAAAUAAAUCCAUUUUCCUUGUGUGU